GUGGACCCCGGACUUUUCGCAAAAGCUCAGUUGUAGAUGGACGCUUGUUAGGAGCUGUUGUGCCUCCAGAUCUCAAUAGGCACUCCACUUCCCACCUAGACGAGAGGAACUUUAUCGGAACCCGGAUCGAGUGUUGUUCUAACGCUUCUAAUCAAUCAUCCAAUACUAUAUACAACUUGAUAGAGUAUUAAGGCACUGUCCUCCGGUCGGAAUGUCUGUUGAACCCCCAACUCCAGCCACUGCGGCAGCUUCCACCGGAAAGGGUCUUCAUUCCAGGGCGUAUAAUAGACUUAUCAAUGCCUGUGACAAGUAUGUGCCUGCCAAGUGGCGACCCUUGUGGAUGCACCCAGCAGGUCCCAAGACUGUAUUUUUUUGGGGUCCUAUCGUUAAAUGGGGCCUCGUUUUUGCUGGAAUUGGGGAUUUGACGCGUCCUGCGGACACGAUUUCACCCAACGCAUGUCUAUCUCUUGGCGGAACGAACUUGAUUUGGACGCGCUACUCCCUAGUCAUCACACCGAAGAACUACAGCCUGUUUGCAGUGAAUCUCUUCGUGAGCGUGACGCAGCUCGUCCAACUGGGACGGGCCUACCACUACCAGUGGGAACAGUCAAAGCUGGAAAAAGCUGGCAAAGGAAAAGCCAGUUCAAAGUAGACCAAUUAGUUCAUUUUUUAGAUUUCCUUAAAACAAAUAAAACUAUAAACACGAGAUUAUAAA